AACGCAGCGGCAUCAUGGCGUCACGGAGCAGCGACUGGAGUCAGAUGCGGGAAGACAAAAUGCUCCUUUUGCUCCUCCUGGUGUGGCUGACGUCGGUGCUGGAUGCAGUCAAGGUGUCCCCCCUCAUAGAGAAGAUCAGCGACCACAAAGACUUGAAGAAGCUGCUCAGGACCAGGACCAACGUUCUGGUGCUCUACACCAAGACAGCUUCAUCAGGAGACACUCACCUGAAACUGCUGUCUGACGUGGCCCUCACAGUCAAGGGCCAGGGGACCAUUGCCUGGGUCAACUGCGGGGACUCUGAGGGCCGCAAACUGUGCAAGAAAGUCAAAGUGGAGCCCAGUUCUGCCAGUGAGUUGCUGCAUUACAGAGAUGGAACAUUCCACCUGCUCUACGACCGACCUUUGACCUUCAAGUCCAUGGUGGCCUUCCUGAAGGACCCCUCAGGACCCCCACUGUGGGAGGAAAACCCCCAGGCUAAAGACAUCCUUCAUGUAGCAACAGAAAAGGACUUCCGUAAGCUGCUGAAGAAGGAGGACAGGCCCAUCCUCAUGAUGUUCUACGCUCCAUGGUGUGGCGUGUGUAAGAGGAUGCAGCCUGUCUUCCAGCAAGCAGCCACGGAGACAAAAGGACGAUACGUCCUGGCCGCCAUGAACGUGCACCCGGCAGAGUUUGAUGGCCUGAAGCAGGAGUUUGAUGUGAAAGGUUACCCCACCUUCUGCUACUUCCACAAGGGCAAGUUCCUCUUCCACUACGAGAACUACGGUGCCAGUGCCAAGGACAUCGCUGACUGGAUGAAGAACCCCCAGGCGGUCCAGCCCAAGAGUCCUGAGGUGCCUUGGUCUGAGACGGAGUCUGCCGUCUUUCACCUGACAGACGAGUCCUUCGACCGCUUCCUGGAUGACCAUCCUGCCGCCCUGGUCAUGUUCUACGCCCCCUGGUGUGGCCACUGCAAGAAGAUGAAGCCAGAGUACGAGGAAGCAGCCCAAACUCUGAACAAAGACCUAGAGAGUCCUGGUGUGUUGGCGGCGAUGGACACCACGGUCCACAAGUCCGUGGGGGAGCGCCUGAAGAUCUCGGGGUUCCCCACGCUGAAGUACUUUGAGAAGGGGCGGGACACCUUCACGCUGCCACACCUGCGCAGCAAGGACAAGAUCAUGGAGUUCAUGCACAGUCCACAGGCUCCGCCCCCCCCGGAACAGUCCUGGGAGGAGCAGCCCUCCAGCGUGCUCCAUCUGGGACUGGAGGACUUCCGAGAGGCUCUGAAGAAGAAGAAACACGCUCUGGUCAUGUUCUACGCUCCUUGGUGUCCACACUGUAAAAAUGCCGUCCCUCACUUCACCGCUGCAGCAGAACUUUUGAAAGAGGACCGCAAGAUCGCCUACGGCGCCGUGGACUGCACCAGAGGACAGAACCAGGACCUGUGCAAGCAGGAGGCGGUGGAGGGCUACCCCACCUUCAGCCACUACAACUACGGCAAGUUUGUGGACAAAUACCACGGGGAGCGCCAGGAAGUGGGUUUCAGCGGCUUCAUGCGGAGCCUGCGAGGCCGCCAUCAGGAGAAAGCCAUCAGAAAGAAGGAGGAGCUCUGAGGGGCGGCCCCGCCCCCACUCAGCACUGGCACCAAGGACAUGAUGACCUCAGCAAAUAUUUCAACAGGUGACUCCGUGACUGAGCAGCGGAGGUGUAUCUAUGCAAUAGUGGUCAUGUGACCCCGUGUUGCCGUAGCAACGCCUGCAGGCCAAAGGGUGAACAUAAAUAUUUGUCCAAAGUGUGGCCUUAAGGAGGAAUGGAAGCUUGUUUUGUUGUCCCCUCAACAUGCCAAAUAUGGGCGUCCACAUUUCAACUUCCUGUCAAUCAUUGAGUGACAACGACCUCUUUUUGCCGCCAUGACGCUUCUCAGGGAAGGUGAGACAGCAAGAAGUCACUUCCUGCCGCCGCCAAGCUACUUCCUGUUGUCGUUGUUGUUUACCAAGAAGUCAUCCUGGCCUUUUCUUGUCCACGGUCACCCUGACAACAACAACAACAACAAUAAUAAUAAACAAUCCUACUUUUUCCUAA